AAGAGGGGAGCUUUGGGAGGAAAGAGAGAGUUUGAAAUGGAAGCAUCCAACCAGUCUACUGUGACAGAAUUUAUCUUGCUUGGCCUCUCUGCCCACCCAAAACUAGAGAAAACAUUCUUUGUGCUCAUCCUGUCAAUGUACCUGGUGAUCCUGCUGGGGAAUGGCAUCCUCAUCCUGGUGACCAUCCUUGACUCCCAUUUGCGCACGCCCAUGUACUUCUUCCUGGGGAACCUGUCCUUCCUGGACAUCUGCUACACAACCUCCUCAGUCCCUCUGGUCCUAGAUGGUUUCCUCACUCCCAGGAAAACCAUUUCUUUCUCAGGCUGUGCUGUGCAGAUGUUUCUCUCCUUUGCCAUGGGGGCCACAGAAUGUGUGCUCCUGGGCAUGAUGGCUUUUGAUCGCUAUGUGGCCAUCUGCAACCCCCUUAGAUACUCUGUGAUCAUGAGUAAGGCUGCCUAUGUGCCCAUGGCCAUCAGCUCCUGGGUGGCUGGUGGAGCCAACUCUUUGGUGCAGAUCUCUCUUGCAGUACAAUUGCCCUUCUGUGGAGACAAUGUCAUCAACCACUUCAUCUGUGAGAUCUUGGCAGUCCUAAAGUUGGCCUGUGCCGACAUCUCCAUCAAUGUGAUCAGCAUGGGGGUGGCCAAUGUGAUCUUCCUGGGGGUCCCAGUUCUGUUCAUCUUUGUCUCCUACAUCUUCAUACUCACCACUAUCUUAAAGAUUCCCUCAGCUGAGGGAAGGAAAAAGGCCUUCUCUACCUGCUCUGCCCACCUUACUGUGGUGAUCAUCUUCUAUGGGACCAUUCUCUUCAUGUAUGGAAAGCCCAAGUCCAAGGACCCACUGGGGGCUGACAAGCAGGACCUCACAGACAAACUCAUCUCUCUUUUCUAUGGACUUCUGACCCCCAUGCUGAACCCCAUCAUCUACAGUCUGAGGAACAAGGAUGUGAAGGCCGCUGUGAAGGAUCUAGUAUCUCAGAAAUGCCUCAUCCAGUGAUGGUGGAAUAUAUUUCAUGAUCCAUGGAGUUGGAUGGCUCUCACUUGAGAAUCUCAAUGCAAAGCAAACCUAAGUGAGGGGAAAGCUGCCUUUACAGCCACGCCAUUCACAGUGUGGCCCAUGGACCAGCAAUGUCAGCAUCAUGUGGAAGCUUAUUUGACAUACAGAAUUUUGGGGCCCAUUGCAGACAUACUGAGUUGGAAUCUUUGUUUUAACAAGAUCCUUCAGGUGAUUUGCAUGCACAUUAAAC